GUGGGAGGGCUGCGCCGCGCCUCUUCCACCUGCCCGCGGCUUUAAAGUUGCGGCCGGGCGGGACACGCGAUGACUCGGGUUGCGCUGUGCCGGCCGCAGCUGCCGGGGCGCGUCGCGGUCUCGCACACGAAGCGGGGCCGUUUUUUUCCAUCGGCCCUGCUCGCCUGCUGCUGCCUUUCCCGGGCGGUCGGGGAGGGGGCGGGAGGGGCUGCUGCCCCCGGGAGAUGCCCAUGCCCGCUGCGGGUGCCCCGCGCGGCGCGUCCGCCGUCCCCGGCGCUGCCGCGGCUCUCCGCGCCUCUGCGCCCCGGCAGCGGCCGGGCGGGCGCGGCUAGUGCCGCCGUCGGCCCCUCCGGGGCGAGCUAUGGAGCCCGGCGCCCCGCCGGACCUCCGCGACGUCGAGCAGAAGCUGGGGCGCAAAGUGCCCGAGAGCCUGGCGCGGCCCCUGCGCGGGGAGGAGCUCCCGGCCCGCCCCGCCGCGGCGGCCCCCGGUCCCCGCCGCGCUGCCGCCCUGGCCCGUCUGGAGACGAAACUUCAGCUCCUGAGGCAGGAGAUGGUUAAUCUUCGAGCCACUGAUGUGAAGCUUAUGCGCCAGCUCCUCCUCAUCAAUGAAAGUAUUGAAUCAAUCAAGUGGAUGAUAGAAGAGAAAGCCAUUGCCAGCCGAGGCAGCAGUUUGAGUGGAAGCCUGUGCAGCUUGCUGGAAAGUCAGGAGACAUCUCUCCAUGGCAGCUGUAACAGUUUACAAGACUGUAGUGAUGGACUGGAUGGAAUAUCAGUGGGGAGUUAUUUGGACACCUUAGUGGAUGAUGUCCCUGGUCACCAAACCCCUUCGGAUAUGGACAAGUUCAGUGAUUCUUCUGUCAUGGAGGACUCACAGUCUCUGCAUAAGCAUCCCAAAAUUGAUUCUGAUGAGUACUACUGUUUUGGUUAAUAAGAUCAAGUUCCAGUGGGACACAAAUGCACUUGUACUUAUCCUUUUUCUUUGCUGCUAUUUUAUUUCAUGUGCAAAACCCCCAAAGUUCUCUUGGAAGGAGUACAUAAUAUGAUACUUCAAUUCUAUUGCUUAACUUUUCUAUUGCUUCUAAUGCAUUUUCUCAUUGAUGGGUUGGGCUUUUCUCUUCCUCCUCCUCCCAUUUUUUUUUUCUUAAUUUAUUGUCACCUUUUUUUUUUUUUUUUUUUUUUUUUUUUGGUUUUGGUUUUGGUUUUUUACAAUGCUAUAUUUACAAGUCUGUAAGAGUGGGGAAGGAAAAGCUGUAUCUUUAAAAUUAAACAUCAGGGAAUGAGAGCAACAGUUUUGUAUUUGUUGUCAAUAAAAUAGCUUCUGAUAAAUAUAUGUUGUCAUAAAUUUUCUUCACUACAAUGUUUGGCCUUUCCAAAGACACUGUUCUUAUUGAGCCUUAAAUCUGAAUCUUGAAAAUACCUCUACAAAAUAAUUUUCCUUUUGUAAGAAAUUAGAUUUGGUUCUGUUAAGCUGUCUUCAUUUGAAAUACAAAGUAUCCUAAA